CACGUGAAAAUCCACCGAUUUGAUCAGUACGUUUGUGGGGCAGGAAACUCGCACCAUUGUCUAAGAGUGUGUUUCCAUAGUGUCGUGUCCAUUGCAUUUUUUUGUCUAUAGAUUUAUAUCUAGGAUUAACCCAUCGGGCUCGAAAUGGAGUCCGAGCCCAAAAAAACGGAAGAGCGAAUCCACAGGGAUACAAAAUGGCCAAAUGUUCUCUUCUAUAUAUACCUUCACAUGUCCGCCAUAUAUGGAGUAUUUUUAAUCUUCACACAUGCUUACUGGAAGACAACUUUUCUUAGUUUUUUCCUCACAAGUUUAGGUUUAUUUAGUGUCACAGCUGGCUGCCAUAGACUUUGGGCACACAGGACUUACGAAGCUGUCUGGCCACUUAGGCUCGCCUUAGUCAUAUUUCAAACUUUAGUCUGUCAAGGCCCCGUAUACGAUUGGGUAUUGGACCACAGGUUACACCAUAAACACCAUGGAACAGAGGAGGACCCGUACAACCAUAAGAAAGGUUUCUUCUACGGAUAUCUGGGCAAUCGUCUGGUUACGCAAAAUCCCAAAAUCGACGACCUCAAAGCAAAGAUUGAUAUGAGUGAUAUAGAGGACGAUCAGAUUGUCAUGUGGCAAAAGAGAUUAUACUGGAUCAUGAUGCCCCUGUUCAGCAUAUUGCUGCCGAUCAACGCACCGGUCGAGUAUUGGGGCGAGUCUAUCUUGGUCUCCGUUUUCGUUGUGGGUUUCUUACGAGUCACCCUGUGUUUACACGGAGCCUGGAUGGUCAACACGGCCUUCCUAGUCUGGGGACUCGAUCCUCUUAACAAGCGUUCAGCGGACACGAACCUGGUGUUCCUGGUGAACAAGAGCCUGUGGCCGCAGUACCACUACCUCCUGCCGUGGGACUACCAGUCUGGCGAGUACGGGACCUACGGCGCCGGCUGCACGACCGCCUUCAUCCGGAUCUUCACCGUCCUGGGCCUCGCCGACCGGCUCAAGACCAUCGACUCCCGAGGGGUCCGCUCCGCCCUCGGGCAGACGGCCAAGACCGGGAAACCCCUUCUCGAGUGCCUCCAGAUGUCCCAGGACGUCCUCACAGGACCCCACUUCGUCCCGGCCGCCGCGGAAGACGACCCAGUUUGAGAGACCCCUUUCUGAC